AUCAUAAGGUCGCCAUAGAAAAUGCCGUCGACCAGUAAUAGUAUAUACCAAUCAGUGGGCCCAACCAAAAUAUAAUACGGAAUCGUUGCUUCUUCUAAACGAAGGAGAGAAUCCGAGAAUGCUUGGCCGACGACCCGAGAGGCUGAGACUUGUGAGGCCUCCUGCCCGCGGAAAAAGCACACGGUUUCGACCGAUCUCUCCGUUGCCAUUUCGCGAGCGAAAACGAUGAAGUAGGUGACCAGGCAAGCAGCAGUGGAGCAUCCGGCUAAGCCACAGACAAGUCGAUCGGCGCGCGAGCCAUGGAUUGCUGCUCCCGCGUGUACGGGCUGGCCAUCGCCAACACGGUGUGCGUCGGCGGCACGGCCUUCCUCGUCUACACGCUCGUCCGGCUCUCGAGGACGCCUGACAGCACGGGCGGCAUCGUCGUGGUCUCCAUCUUCCUCGUCUUCUGGGUCUGCGUCAACGCCAGCAUCUACCCGGCCUUCUGCGGUGAGUUCUUCCCAUGGUCCGCGCUGGGGCGGUGCCUGGCCUCACCUCUCCGCGGGAUCCUGUGGUGCCUGCGCGGUGUCGGAUGGCUGUUCUGCCUGCCGUGCCGGUGCGCGCGCACGGCGCGCGCCCGGCUGCGGCGCCCGAGCGGCGGUGGCGCUAGUGCCUUGCCACAGUUUGCAGUUCAUAGACAAGACCAUGUCAUGAACGUGCUUCCCCGGGAGCCGCCGGCGCGCAGCGGGGCGCGGGUAGUUGCCGCGGAUGACAUCCUGGCGUACGAGCAACGGGAAUCCGCGUGUCCGGACGGUUCGUCCGAGUGCGCAGUGUGCCUGGGCGAGGUGGAGAAGGGGGAGAUAGUGAAGCGGCUGCCGGUGUGCCUUCACAUGUUCCAUCAGCAGUGUAUCGACCAGUGGCUGCACGACAACUCGACGUGCCCCAUCUGCCGGUGCAAUGUCUUCGCGCCGCUGCCGAUGCAGAUGGUGUGACGAUCUUCUUACCUUUUUUAUCUUGUUUCUUGAUGCUGAGAAAGAAAUGCAAGCUGGUUCCGUAAACAGUCA